CGACAACGAGCUGCACUUGUGGGCUUCCUGGAGGCGGGAGCUAGCACGUCCCUAACAACUCCGAGUACGAGAAACUGCGUAAACUCGCCCUUGUUGGCUCCAUCUGCGUGCCUCCCCCUGCCUCAACCAUGCUGGCCCAGUCUGGAGGGCAUGACGGGGGGUUGGUUAGUGAGAGCGACGCGCUCUGUGGGCGGGUUGAUGACGAGCCGCGGGCGAGCGACUUGUAGUGGCUCCUCCUUCGCCCAUGACGUAGAGGUCACGUGACGGGCCGAGCAGCCUCUGCCGCCGCCGCCGCUUUGUAAGAGGCACAUUGGCAGGUAACGAGCGGCGGCGGCGGCGGCGGCAGCGGCAGCGGCAAGCGGCAGCGGCAGCGGCAGCAGCAGCAGCGGGUCCCGAGUCCAGCGAGAGCAGCAGCGAUUUUCUAUUUUGUGCAUACAUUAUUUUGUAUAUACUGUAUAUGAUGACUUCAGUGAGCAAUGACCGGUCCAGAGGUGCUCGGGAAAAACCACAGAUUUCAGUGACACAGACAACACAGCUACAGAAACAAGUGGUACAGGCAACAGCUGAACAGAUGCGUCUCGCUCAAGUGAUCUUUGAUAAAAAUGACUCAGAGUUUGAAGCUAAAGUUAAACAGCUUAUGGAAGUGACAGGAAAAAAUCAGGAUGAAUGCAUAGUGGCCCUACAUGACUGUAAUGGAGAUGUCAAUAAAGCUAUCAAUAUAUUGCUGGAAGGGAAUUCAGACACAACUUCAUGGGAGACGGUAGGAGGGAAGAAGAAGAAUUUUGGAAAAGACAGUUCAGAAAACAAAGAGAAUAGAGAGAAGAGAAGUGAGAGAGAAGUGAGUCGUGGACGUGGAAACAACAACCGGAAAGGAAGAGGUGGCAAUCGUGGGAGAGAGUUUAGAGGUGAAGAGAAUGGAAUUGACUCCAAUCAAGGGGACAAGCCUUCGGAUCGUGGCAAGCGAGCUCGUGGAAGAGGAUUUGGACGUGGCAGAGGGAGAGGGGCAGGAAGAUUCUCAACCCAAGGCAUGGGGACGUUUAAUCCUGCGGACUAUUCAGAUUCUCCAUCUAUAGAUGGGUGUGGGACAAAACCUGUAGUUUGGGAAGCUGUUCAGAAUGGUGCAGAUGAGGGAACUGGAGCCUGGAAGAAUUCUGUGGAAGAGUGGACGACAGAAGACUGGACUGAAGAUCUAUCUGAAACAAAAGUCUUCACUUCCUCAUCUGUCCCUGCAGAGAAUCAUGUCACACCUGGGCAAAGCGUUGAUCUGGUAGCCUUGCUCCAGAAGCCUGUUCCUCAAGCCUCAGAAGUCAACUCCUUUGAAAGUUCCCAACAGCAGGGCUUUGGCCAAGCCCUUGUCUUCACAAAUUCUCAGCACAACAAUCAGAUUGCACCAGGAAAUGGCAGCUCCACAACCGUCAACUCCUAUUCUCCUCAGAGUCUGUCAUCCGUCCUUGGUUCAGGAUUUGGAGAGCUUGCACCUUCAAAAAUGGCAAACAUCACCAGCUCCCACAUUUUGGACCAGUUGAAAGCUCCGGGCUUGGGCCAGUUUACUACCACCCCAAGUUCACAGCAGAAUAGUACGAGCCCUCCCACAACCACUUCUUCUUGGGACCUCAAGCCCUCAGCAUCCCAGUCCUCAGUCCUUAGUCAUUUCGACUUCAAAUCUCAGCCUGAACCAUCCCCUGUUCUAAGCCAGCUGAGCCAGCGACAGCAACACCAGACUCAGGCAGUCUCUGUGCCUCCUCCUGGGUUGGAGCCCUUUCCUUCCCAGGUGAAACUCCGAGAGUCAGCACCCAGAGACAGCAGUGCCUCCACUGUGCACAAACUGUUGCAGCUUCCAAGUAUGACUGUGGAAAACAUGACCGUGUCUGCUCACCCACCGCAGCCAAAACAUGUCAAACUCCCUAAGCGGCGGAUGCCUCCAGCUUCUAAGAUCCCAGCUUCUGCGGUAGAAAUGCCAGGUUCAGCAGAUGUCACAGGAUUAAAUGUCCAGUUUGGAGCCUUGGAAUUUGGAUCAGAACCUUCUCUCUCUGAAUUCGGAUCAGUUGCAAGCAGUGAAACUAGUAGUCAGAUUCCCAUUAGCUUGUAUUCGAAAUCUUUAAGUGAUUCUUUGAAUACCUCUCUGCCCAUGACCAGUGCAGUACAGAACUCCACCUAUACAACUUCAGUCAUUACCUCCUCCAGUCUGACCAGCUCAUCGCUGAGCUCCACUAGUCCAGUGACAACGUCUUCCUCCUACGACCAGAGUUCUGUGCAUAACAGGAUUGCAUACCAAAGCUCUGUGAGUCCAUCGGAGUCAGCUCCAGGAACCAUCGCGAAUGGACAUGGUGGUAGUCGAAGUCAGCAGACAAUAGACACUACUUCAUCCGUUCCAGCUCCAAAGACAACCGACCCUCCCUCCGCCCUCCCAUCCGCGGGCUCCCUGCCCAGCACCACCUCGUGCGCUCCGCUUCUGUCCUCUGCAUCCCAGCACACUGCCACUUUGCCCUCCUUGUCCCAGCCUGGUGACCUGUCCAGCAGCCCCCUCUCUCAGCUUAGCAGCUCCCUCUCUGGCCAUCAGAGCAGCCUCUCCUCCAGCACAUCACACACACAUGCCAGCGUGGAGAGCGCCCCUCCCCUCCAGCCCUCAGCCACCUUCUCCACGGCAGCCACCUCUGCCUCGAGUGCCACGUCCUCAGGGCUCAGCCUGCCAAGCAGCAUGAACACAGUGAGCAGCCUCUGCCUGGGCGCCACCGCCGCCAGUGCCCCCAGCAGCAGUACCAGGGCCACGCCCUUGGUGACCUCAGGCAAAGCACCCCCCAACUUGCCCCAGGGGGUGCCUCCCCUGCUGCACAACCAGUACCUCGUGGGCCCUGGAGGACUGCUUCCUGCCUACCCGAUUUACGGCUAUGACGAGCUCCAGAUGCUGCAGUCCCGGCUGCCAAUGGAUUACUAUGGGAUUCCUUUUGCCACACCGCCAGCCCUGGCCAGUCGAGAUGGGAGCCUCACUAAUAACCCAUAUUCAGGUGAUGUCACAAAGUUUGGCCGAGGUGACUCUGCAUCCCCUGCACCUGCCACCACGCUGGCUCAGCCUCAGCAGAGCCAGUCCCAGGCCCACCACACAGCCCAGCAGCCCUUUCUGAAUCCUGCGCUGCCCCCUGGCUACAGCUACACCGGCCUCCCCUACUACGCGGGAGUGCCCAGUGCCUUCCAGUAUGGGCCCACCAUGUUUGUCCCUCCGGCCUCAGCCAAGCAGCCUGGUGUGAGCCUCAGCACCCCCACGCCCCCUUUCCAACAGGCCGGUGGUUAUGGCCAGCACAGCUACAGCACAGGUUAUGACGACCUGACCCAGGGGACAGCAGCUGGGGACUACACCAAGGGUGGCUAUGGUGGAUCAUCGCAGGCACAAAACAAAUCUGCAGGCUCUGGGCCCGGCAAAGGAGUGUCGGCGUCUUCAAGCACCACUGGCCUCCCUGAUAUGACAGGUUCUGUCUACAACAAGACUCAGACUUUUGACAAGCAGGGAUUUCAUGCUGGGACCCCGCCCCCGCCGUUCAGCCUGCCCUCGGCCUUGGGCUCCACUGGGCCCCUGGCCCCUGGAGCUGCCCCCGGUUACGUGCCCCCGCCUUUCUUGCACAUCCUGCCUGCCCACCAGCAGCCUCCCUCACAGCUGUUACACCACCACCUCCUGCAGGAUGCUCAGAGUGGCUCCGGCCAGCGCAGCCAGCCCAGCUCCCUGCAGCCCAAGUCGCAAGCCUCCAAACCUGCUUACGGCAACUCUCCGUACUGGACAAACUGAACCCUGAAGAGUGGGGUGGGCUGGGUGGGUCUUACCCUGGGCAGGAGAGAUCACACGGAGCCGGAGCCCCUUCCCAGAGCUCCUGAGACGUGUAACUGUGUCGGCCGAGCCUCUGUGGGGAGCCUGCCCCCAGACUCGCUCUUGUAUGUAAUGUAUUUAUGUAUGUAUUUGUAAAUGUGAGAAACGUCUUGGGGGAUUGUGGGGUGCAGCUGCUCCUCGCGGCCGGACUGCUUCCCUCACUCAAGCCCCUUCUUGCUGUAGCAGAAUCACCCCCUCCCCACCUUCUGCCUUCAGGGCUUUCACACAGCCCCCUGGUGGGCAGUGUCUGGUUUGAGGCGGGUUGGGAGUUGGGGUCAGGUACCAAUGAAGAAUCACAACUUAUCUCCCUCCCCUGUAAACCAUUAUUUGCGUUUUCUUCCUUGUGUAAUUACUUUAUCCAUCUCUUUUUGAGAACCUGGACCUUUUGUCAUUUGUCAUGUCCCCCUUCCACCAAAUCUUGAUCUGGGAAUAGCAGAGAUACAUCCCCCAGCCCAGGAAGUGGCACCUGUUUGUCUUCAUAUAGAACAGGAACUUUUGCUUCUGGUCUGGUCUUAUCCCCAGAGACUUGCCUUCGUCUGGCUGACCGUUUUAAAAAUAAUCUGAAUUUGCGCUCAGAGGUAUUCAGCCAUUCAGCUCCCCUUCUAAAAAAUCAAAGAUUUGCUUUCAUCUCAGUGAGGGCCCGUCUCCUCGAUUCUGGUCGUCCUGAACAAGGCGGACGACUGUUUGAGAGGUUUUCUCUUUUGCCCAAACUCCACCUAAUAAAGUUCUGAGAGCAUGCUUGGUCUCUGCGUGGUGUGACUAAGGGAGAGUGCAGGGCGGAGGCCACCUUUACGACAGAGCCAGGGAAGCUGGACCUCCCAGUGGUCAGUUUUCUGGGAACAGGUUUAUGGGGCUUCAGCUGGCUUUCCUUGCUUUGCUGGGCCCUCCUCCGGCCUUGCCUCCAGUCACCAUCCAGGGAGAAGGUAGAGGAUACAUCUGACGAGACAGCCCUCUAGACGGGCACAGGCAGUGCUUAUUGCAGUUCCCUUUGUUUUUCUUGUGACUUUCUAACAGACUUAGGGGACAAGGGGGUCUCUUACAGGGUAUGUCCUGGCAACCGGAAUAUUAGGGCAGGGUGAUUUUUUUCCAAAGGAACAAAGAAUUGAGAACAUACUUCUAGGCCUGUGAGAGAAUAAGUUUGAACAGCUAAUCCUCUCCUCUGAUCUUCAUCAUCCAAAUGCGAUCUUGUUUGACAGGGGCUGUGGUGAAACGAUGAUGGUCAGGGUGAUACCAAGUAGGUAAAUGGGUCCUGAGCUAAAUAUCUGGUCCAGCAGUCCCAAGGCACCAUUCACCUGGCCAGGAUUCUGACUUCCCCUAAGCUAGUCCAGCAUGAUUUCAGGCCACCAGUUCCGAGGGAACCAGGGCUACCAACAAUCAGGGUGUCUGUCAAACAAGAGCGCUGGGACGUAUGGUCAGGUGAGGUGACUUACCCAAGGUCCCCCACCCAGGUCCCUGACCCUCAACCCAGCAGGCGUUCCAACCUGGCAGCUAGUUCAGGGCCUUGAGGUGUUAGGCAUUACAACUUCUUGUUUCAAGUCUAGAAUCAGCCCAGGGCCACAGUCUUAUCUGGUUUUUUUUUUUUUUUUUUUUGGUCUUUCUAGGGCCACACUCGUGUCAUAUGAAAGUUCCCAGGCUAGGAGUUGAAUCAGAGCUGUAGUCUCUGGCCCUACAUCACAGCAACACCGGAUCUGAGCUGAGUCUGCUAUCUACACCACAGCUCAUGACAACAUUGGAUCCUUAACCCACAGAGUGAGGCCAGGGAUCAAAGCCGAGUCCUCAUGGACACUAGUUUGGGUUUGUUACUGCUGAGGCACAAUGGGAACGCCAGUCUUGUCCUGCUUUUGACCUCCAAAAUCAAUGGUCAUUCAUCAGGUAGGUCAAGGGCUGUCUUCCCAAUAGCUUGGGAGGCUGGCUUUAAGAAAGUGUCUACAACUGAAACAGAAUUACUAAAUUUUGUGAUCCCUGCUUUUAGGAGCAGGAAGUUAGAUGACAAGUGAUGGUGAAGACAAAUCCUGCCUAAGGAGGGCAGUGGAGCACUCCUCCCUCACUACAAUGACCUAUUUCAGAAUUAAGGUUAACAAGUGGCUGUAUCUUUAAUAACCUUUUUUAAAAGCUAGUAACGACUUGGGGAUGUUUAUUCUGAGCAGAGUAUCAAAAAAGUCAGGUGAGCAAGAUUUGGUUUUUAUUUGUUUUAAUUUUUCAGCUGAGCCCUGGGCAUAAUCUGUAAGGAAAACAGAAGAAAUACUAAAACCACCUUUAAAUUUUAACACACACAAAAGAAGAGGGUCAUCCUGGGGGAAGUAGCAAUACAGGUAUAUUUUAUUUCACAUUUUAUUAGUAGACAGAUGGCAGAAAAAGACAAAAUAAACCACUAAAGGGGAAGGUGAACACAAAAUGCAUCAGGUAAUCUUUUCUCAUAAGUUAAACUGAAGAAAAACAUCUACAAUUUCAGCUAAGAAAACUAUUAAAGUCAGGUGUGUCCUGCUGGUUUCAGAAUAGUUGAAAAUUGCAUCUGAAUCUUUGUAAAUGUAAACCUUUUUAAAAAUCAGGAAGGGUGGAGAGUUAAUUUUCAGUGGAGAACUACACAUUUUCCCCUUCAAUCGCUUACUAGGUGUGUCCUAAACAAAAGGACAACAGCAAAUAAAGAAGCAAAUAAUUACCAGGGAGGAGGAACAAAAGGGUCUACAAAAAAGUUUGGCUAAUAGAAAAGAACUCUGGAAUGAUAUGAAAUGAAAGUGAGGAAGACUGUGAGAAGCAACAGCAGAAUCAUGAUGAUACACUUUGUCCACCAGCCUCAAAAUACACAGACCCAAAGAGCAUCCAGAGGCCUCAAAUCAGAAUCAAAAGGAACCUAAAAAUGCAGGAUUCUGAAUUCAUGUUACAGUAAAUAAUCACAACUGUACUCACAGGACUGUAGCCUGAGCCUGAGCUCUCCACUCCCAAGACUAGAAUUGACAUGCUCAAGUCUUCUGCCACAGGCUGUGUUCUCAGGACAGAGCUCUGGAACCAGCAUCUGGGUUUUACAAGUCAGUCUGAGCUAUUAGGAUGUCUACCUCUUAGCACAUCAACACAUCUCAGUCUUUUUGGGGACUGAUUGUGCACCCCAAAGGGCUGAGAGGUAUGACCUCCACCUGGCUCUCUGGCUCCCUGAGUCAAUGUGCAACAGAGGCCAACAGGGCCUACUGGGACAGGGCUGAGCAGCAUAGCACCUCCCACAAUGCCAAGUUGUCUGGCCUGCCCUGGGAGAGAAAUGCUUGUGCAGGAAGGGGAAAGAAAGGCUUUAGUUUUAGAGCUCUAAUAGAGUGAGACCUAGCUACUGGCUGUAAACUUGAGUGUGUGUGUUGGGAGGGUAGGGGUGGUGGGGGCGAUCAGAACAUUAGGAGACUUUGGGCUCCAGAAGAUUUGCAGGUAUCUCUAAGUGUUACUUAAGUGUGUUUGCACUCAGUGUUCUGUCACAGGACAGCUAGCUACUCUGUUCUCUGAAUCUGACUGGAGUCACUAGAUUCAGGGGUGCAGGUAGCCUGUGGAGUUUAGACAGAUUCUGGGACUGGCUCAACACUGUCCCAUGUGAACCUUAGCACGUUAAACAUUCCCACUUAAUACCAGACCAAAACUAUGAGUCCAGACAGGGCUGCUGGGAAUUAGUAAAUGUUUGGAGAGUUUGAAGAGCGAAUGAAACCCCUGAGAUCAGAAAGGAAGGAGGAACUAAGGACAUAAGCAUCACCUACUCUGUCCCAGGCUCCACCCUGCCCCUGUCCCUCAUCAACUCUUACGUCGUUCUGAACUGUACCAUCUGAAGAAAAGGAGUUGAUGCUAACGCACAGGGAUAUGAACUACGCUGUAUUUUCCCUCCAAAAUUUUCCCCACUGAAAGAACACUGCCCUCCUUGAACUAGCCCGCUCCCACAAGAAAUCACCACCAAGUUCUGAAAUUCCUGGUUGGUGAAGGCUGACAGGACUCGGUAUUGUUCGGAGUGACAUACGAUUGAGGGGAAUCACGGCGGCAGCAAUCACAUGGCAGGAAGAUCUAUCGUUGUCCAGACACUGCCUGCAGUCAGCUCCCUCGGCUCUGCCAGAAGAGUCAGAGAGUCUCUGGGGAAAGCUCCAUGCACAGCUUCUGCUUGUGAUCCACAGCCCAGGAACAGUGAAAAGGAAACUCCAGGUCACAGCCAAUGAGGAAAGCGGGAGCCAGUCACUCAUGUCUCACAUAUAUCCACAGUUACUAUCAGUAUAAGCAGCUCAAUGAAAACCAAAAUCUUAACACAUGCACCUAGUAGUAAUACUGAGUAAUUCAAACUGACUACUUAAAAAAAAAAAAAAAAUCCUCAUGGUGAGAGUGUAUCUUUCAGGGAAAGGUUAUGUUAAAUACAGAUGUUUUCUCUCCCAACAGUGGUCACCAGUAGUUUGAUUUUCACCCCCAGCAGCAUCAACCAAAAUUGGCAUAGUGAUUUAACUUUCCAUCACUAAGACUCCACACACAUACUAAUCCCACUCUCUCCCCAUUCCCUGGGGGGAAAAUAACUGCCUUCAAAAUAAAUAGCAAUCAAGUGCUCAGUUCUAUGUAAAGUAUGAAUAUUUAUUUCAGGCUUUAGAUCCCAAUCAAUUUCAAAAAACAAAAUCUGAUUUCUCUCCUAAAGUAGCUGAGGCCUCUGUGUCAGGAUGGUUUUCUUGGAGGCUGAAGGGGCUAUGCCCUUAGGAACACACUUUAUCAGGUUCAGCACAAAGUCCCUGAUGCCCACUGUGCCCCAGCCUUAAGAAGGGAAAGAAACAAAAUUCACCACCAUGGGGCUGAACAAAUGCACACACACUAAGGUAAAUGAGCAGCUAAACCUUGGCAAAUUUUGCUUUAAAAAAAAAAAGUAAGUUUGUUUUGGGGGGGUAUUAUGCUUCUUAUGCUUUUUUUUUUUCCUUUUUGCUACCCAGCAUAUGCAGCACUUGUGAACGCCCAAUGGGUUCCCAGCAUUAAACACUUAAAUGUCUUUAUGAAACAUCUUGACUAUUUAAUUCUUCAAGAAUCUAAAAACAGACCAAACGUGUUUUGCUGUGAACGCUUUGUAGAGACGAAGUGAGGCAGGAGUUUGGGAUCAAAGAAAAAGAAAAAAAAAAAAA